AUGAGCACCGAGGCCGGCCGCCAACCCCGUGGACGGCCUAUCAUAUCGUUCAACAAUAACAGUGGUACCUGCAGCUCGCGUGAACGAGCCACGGCGAUGGAUGCGGCGCAGGUAGUCGACCCAACGCUCCUGACAACGACUGCUGUCUUGAGCGACAACAAAGCUCAGCGAGAGGCUCGCAGCACUCCACCGCCAGGGAGUAGCAGCGCCGUGCCGCAGAUGGAUGAGCAUGAUGAGUUCAGCGGUGCACUUAACAGCUUUGCGCGUGAGCUGCGCGGGUUGGCUGUGAAGCUCGCAGAUGAGCGCCACCUUCGGGAGGAUGGGGUGCCGGGGCCUCAUCUACCACAAUGCACCGCGACAGAAACAUCAGCAUUCAAGGCAGCAGAGGCGGCAGCUGUUGGGAAAAAUGCUUUGCACUGCCAUUCACAAUCAACGCACGCCGCGCCGCCGUCGAUGCAGAGACACAGUGACAGCAAGCGGAGCGCGACGAAGCCGGCACACGACACCUCGUGCGUACAGGAUGUGGCGCUGAAUAUCUGGGCGACCCUCGGUUUCUUCUCACUGCCCCCGUUCGAGGUCGAUCCGCCAGUAGAGCAGGUAGAGAGUCGAGAGCGGCGAUUGCCACACGACGGCGUUGCAGGCUCUGCAUCUCUACAGACGGAGAGCGGCGAUGCGCACGAGGACGAGGAGAGCAUCUUCUCCUUCGUUUCCGCACUAGAGAAAUACUACCAACAGACCCUGACAUCUUUAGACGCCUCUCCGAGCAGAGUGCAGCAACAACAACAACAAGAAGAGCAGCGGUAUCACUCGAGCGACGAGAUGCUUCGCCGCGGCCUCUGGCAUGUGCUCUUCAACGCGGUGUUUUACUGCGUCACGGCACCAGGCACGCGGCAGACAUUCACCGCGAAGGAUUUGGAGUGUCUUACCGGCGGCGUAGAGGACCGAUAUGACGUGGUAUACGACGAUUUCUCUUUGCUCUCAGAGGACUCGGGGGAAGCCGAUGACAACGAUGACAACGGCUACGUCCCUGUGCGGCUGCAGUGGCACACGCGAUCGGAAAUAAAGGAAGGAACUGAAAUACGACGCCAAAGGCAACAACAGAGACAGCAAAAACCACAGCAACUAGGACAUCGCGAGCCCCACCACCGGCUGACUCCAGCUAGCCUGCGGGAGUCCUGUCGCCACUCGGAACUGGACGGAGCGAUCGAGGAGCGGCGGCAGCGUUCAUCAUCUUCCAUAGGAGGAGCAGAUGCCACUGGCAGCAGCACUUCUAAACGAGCAGAGCUGCUUGAACGACUGCGGCGUCGCACCACGCCAUUUGGUGGCCGACUGGAAGUGCCGCCACCAAUCACGUCGUGGUAUUUUGUGGUACGCACGCUCGCCCAAUUGGGCUACAAACGAGACACAUUCUACGAGCAGACGCCUCUGAACGGAUCCAUCCACGAGCUGCUUUUAGCGCUGCUUUGGAUAACCAAGGAGUACCAACUUGUUGCGGUGGCCGAGUACGUGCAGCUCCAACGCAUGGGCUCGUUUCUGCUCCGACAGGUUCCUGUUGUAGGUGACGAACAGGAUGGCACGGAUAACUGCAACGAGACAGUGGAAGCUGAAUGUAACGCCGCUGUGCGAAAAGACUCUGCAGGUUCAGUACUGCUUCGCUGUUUUCCCGACGCGGUGCCGUGGCCGCCGGCGUCUUUUGUGGAGAAGGAGUACAUUGGCCAUCGCCUGGAGCAGCUGCAGCAACUCCUCCCUCUCGAUCAGGAGGGUAACAUCACAGCAGCAACAGCAGAAAUGAGUUUACCCGACCUCACACGUCGUGUGCUGUCUAUGCAACGUCUUAUUACGCUCUCGUUGAAUCGUCUGGAGUGCGCGCUCCACCAGCGCGCGGAGCAGACCGUCGCUCUCGGUCUUCACGCCACCCUUGACGCUCAAAUUUGUCAUCCCAAGUACCACAACGCAUACCGGCAGCUGUGCCAGGGGUUGCAGCACCUGCGUGGGAUGGACUCACGCAUGCGUUCUAGUGCACAGCAGCUUGCACGGCUAGGAUCGCUGGUUGCACGAUGCCUGACAAUAGAAGCUGCGUCGCGGCAGCAGCAGAAGCUGAACGCAGACUUGAUGAGUGCGAUUGCGGACGACGAAUCCACGUGGCAGCAGCAUAAGCAGCAGCAGCGGAAGUGGCAGCAACAUGAGGGAGACGCGGGAGCAGACGGUGACAUGUGGCGUCUGCAGAAUGUGCUCACGCGCUUCCGUGCGACGAGGAUGAAGGAGCAGCUCAGUGACCUGUGGGCUUCUCUUCGCCGCAGCGCUCGGGUGGGUGGUGCUGGCAGUGACAGUGGCGUCAACGUUGCGGGGAGUGCGAAGUUGCAGGCACAGUUGGAGGCGCAGGUGGAGCACAACAUGGCCAUCCGGUACUCACUUGAUGCCGCCCUUAAAGCCGAGUUGCGCAUAUGGCAGCUUCGUGGUGUUGAUGCGGUGCAGAAGCAGCGUCAGGAGGGCGGCGAAGACGACGGGAAUGGCGAUGAUGAGGAUGCGUCUGAGGAGAUUCUGUUGCCGCUGCGGGACACUGGUGGGGGACAUCACAGCAGGAGCACCGCAAAGAAGGGGAAUAAGAAAAAGAAGGCACCGCUCGUCACAUUUGAUACGGUGCUCACGGACGCCGCUGCAUGCAGCGCACAGGCAACGGCGGUGGGGCAGCCAGCCAGUAACGCAACCACGUCCGCGCGGCUGGAGGUGGCGCGGCUGCGGGAGGCGCUAUCUGCACUCCGCCAGCAACCGGAGUGCCGUGAAAAGCACGCCGAGGAAAUGCAAAUGGAGCGCAAUGCGUUGGAGUUCCUCCACUGUCGGAGCCUACGCGUUGUGCAGCGGAAGCAUUGA